AUGGCGCCCUCUAAGCAGUCAAAGGGCAAGCUUCCCGAAGUCCCAAAGGUGAAGCAGGACGCCAAAAUUCGAAAGAGCAAGUCAGCGAGGAAGAAUGCCUCUGUCAAGGAACAUAAGGGCCCCAAGAAGGGUGUGAAGGUUACCGUUCGCCCAAAGAAUCGGGCCCUAAUUCAGUGGAGGAGCACAGAAGAAGAGCCCUUGCUCGUAACUCUACUUUGGGUACAGUAUAUUUGUGCCAGAGAUCAUGGCAAGAUGCCCUGGGACGACGUCAUCCCCCAGUGCUUCACCGGAGUUACGUCGACAGCCUUCACUCAGUUCCUAGCGCGAGAACGCAAGAGACUGCUCAAGAUGGGGUACUGCGUUCCUCCUCUCCCUAGCCAGGCCAAGAGCUUGGAGAAGGAUGCAAACAUUCGCGGCUACAUCAAUGAGCCGACUCCAGAGAACGAAGAUGCCGUCAGAACCAUCAGUUUCCACGAGCCAUUCCUCCAGCCCUGCCAGCAAGCAGAUGAAGGAGAAUCGGAUGGUGAGACUGAGGAUGCCGUUAUGGAGUACCAAGAGGAUGAGGGUGACUUGAGCAGAGAUGAAGCCCUCGAAAAGGAGGGAGGGUCCUCCAAGAACCCUUUUCGCCAGAACCCUCAUCAGAUCCUUUCUCGAUCCGGCAGUUCCCUUCACGGUGGUGAAGCUCGGCAUGAGAACUCUCAUCGUGAGCAGCAAGGUCUGCUGCUUCAACAAGAUCAGCAAAUCAACCAGGCCCAAGAACAUGCCCGGGUCGAUGCUCAGGCCAAUGUCCAGGUUCAGCAGCAGCUCUUCGACCGGGUGCAAUGUCCGAGUCAGCAUAUCGAGAUGGAGCAAGCCAACCAGGAGUGGCCGGCACAGGUUCAUCAGCUCAAUGGAGGGAACCAGAUGCAGCUAUACACGCAGGCAAUCGAAGCCUGGAAGAACGAUGCACCUCCGAACGAGAUACGAAUUCACGUCGAGGGUCUCGCUCCCAUGGCGUAUUACCUACUUCAGGUGCCUGAGAGCGUGAGCCAUCGCUUCAAUCCGAUAUCCAGCACUGAUACCAUGCAGCCGAUGCGGAAUGAGAAUGGCUAUACGACAUUCAGCAUCCAAAUCCCGGUCAACUUGGACGGCUAUCUCAGUGGCCCCAAUGUCCGAGAAGCUGGUUCUUCCAUCGUUCACGUUGGCGACCCUGCCCCGGCAAAUUUCCCUCUGGGCACUUCGUCACUCAAUGAACCGGCUUGGGAUUCUUGGAACGGUGGUUCUGGCGUUGGCGACGGUGUCAAUGGUGACUUCUGUGAUGGACAUCAUCAGCAUGAUAACGUUAAUUGCUAA